ACCAACGAAUCCAAGAAUUGCCGACGGAAGCAAAGCCUUCACUAGUCCUUGUUUACGAGUUAAUGGCACUUCGUUGCUAGGAAAUGCGGUGUUCAGGGGCAAGUUGACUAAUGCGGACUCGAAGACCAGCCAAGGUAUUGUACUGUACCGUCGGCUAUGGCUCUAUCAAAUCCCUUGCAUGUCUCUCGGGAGAUAACGUCCAGUCAUUGAUAGGAUAACAAUGACAUUACACACAGAUACAGCUACAGCUAUAUCGCUUCUGCUAUCUUGCCAUAUCACAAUCACUAUCCGUCACGCCCUCAGGUCUGCGUCCACGCCGCGUGAUAUCCAAUCCGCAAUGGCCAUAAUGGUGAUCAUGGGAUUCACGCCACUGGCACUGGGAAACACGCUUCCAUCUGCGACGUACAGGUUAUCCGUGCCCCAGACCCUCCCCUUCUCGUCAACCACGCCCUCGUCGCUGCUCGCGCUCAUACGGCACGUGCCCAUCUGAUGGGCUGAGCUCCAAGGGGCUGUCGGUGGUUUGUUGCCCACUUCGCGGACGCGGUCGAGCCAGGUGGCAAAGGCUGGGUCGGUAGUCUCUGGAUCGGCCACUGAGCCGUUGGAGUCGAGCGAAUGCUCCGAGGACGCCUCUCCCCUGCGCACAAAGGGCUCCAGACCCUUGAGAAGAGGACGUAUCUCGACUGCUCCCGUGACAUAGCAGAUCUUGGCCAGAGCCUCCACUCCCUGGAUGGUAUGGGCUCGAUCAAAGUCCGAGGGAGUAUAGUCAAUGCGAGGUCGACCAGUCGUAGGGUCUGGAAAGACGCUGCCUGCGUCACGAUCUCUGGUCAACGAUAUCCAGGCGUUCAUGUGACGCAACUUUGUCAUAUGGAGUUUUGCAUCUAGGCCGCUGGUCCAUGAUGGCUGCGACAGGAUUGUGAAUGGCUAUGACGAGUUAGGAUGAUUCGACGACAGUACUGGAUUUGUUACUCACCACCAUGCACGUCGUCUCCAGCUUCGUUCCGUAUCCAGUACCGUCGACGUUGUCAAACUGGGGACAGUAGCUGGUGAUAAUGCCUCCCUCCCAAGGUAUCGUUUCUUCCUUCCAUACUGCUGUGACGAAGUUGCAAGGAUGAAGGUGCAAAUUAGCUCCCACAUUCGGAUUCUAGACGAGUUAGCCAAUAACCUCUAUUCACUGCUGAUAGGGGCACGCACAGUAAUACCGCUGUUCUUGAGGACGAUCGGGCUCCAUAAUGAGCCGGCUGCAAGGAUCACCUUCUUGGCCCUGACUCUGACCCGUCUCUUGAUUCUGUUGUUCGAAUCACUCAUGUCUCCUGCACUAUCUCUCGACACCCACUCCCCCUCGAUGCCAAUGGCAGUCUGCCCGUCAUAAUCAAACAGGAUCUUGUCGACCUGAAAUCCUUCCAUGAACUGAGCGCCAGCCUUGGCAGCAUCCGGCAACCAGCUCACAGCUGGCCCUCGCUUUUCGGCCAGACCACAGCCAAGGUGACACUGGCCGCAGAAGUGCUCCCUACCUCCCGUGUUGACAGGAGCUGGACGUGCCGUCCAGCCGAGCUUGCUUGAGCCAUUUAAGAGGACUCUGUUUCGGUGAUUGUGGCGUAUCUGGUCAGUGCCAGCCCCUUGAAACUCCCACACACGGUCUAGACACUCGUCGAACUCUGCGGAUGUGAAGAAAGGAAGGCCCUCAUCCGCCCAUUCCUCUCGCACAAAGUCUUGAGGCUUGAGACAUACGCUCCAAUUGACGGUACCUCCUCCACCCCAUGCACUGCCAGAAGUGACGGUACAACCAGAGUCUUCCGUCAUAAAGAAGCCUGCGUUAUCGUAGAGAUGAGAGCAGGCGGCAUCUUGAGCCAUGGGGAGGUGUGUGGAGGGAUAGUGAUAGGCCUUAUCCACGACGAUGACUUUGUGGCCAGCCUCUGCUAGAUUCUUGGCACAGACACCUCCGCCGCAGCCGGAACCGAUGAUGACAACGUCGGUCUCGAUGGCAUGUGCGUCGUCGCCCGGCUCGAUCUGGAGAAAGUCAUACUCGAAGGUUUCCUUGGGUUGCCAGUCCUUGGGGGCAUCUGAGUAGCCCGAGAGCUCGUAGAGAGCCGAACUGGUCUGAGAAUAUGCCUUGAAAGACAUGGCAGACAUCGUUUUGGCCAGAGUGGACCAGCGUUCUUUGGGAGAUGUGGCCCAUGAUUUGAGGAUGGCUUCGCGGACGUGGGCCGGCUGGUUGUAUAUGGGUUGCCAGUAGCCGGUGAUGAAGUAGCUACCAGGACGGGUGCUUGAGAAAUAAAUUUAGUGACGUGAAACAAAUGGAAACAUGACCCGUCUAGUUGUACUCACGACAUCAAGCUCAAUAACCCGGCAAGGCGUUUGAGUUGGUCGGGUGGGGAGAUGGCCAGGGUCCUCAUGAGGUUAUCUCUAAAGCGAGCAUCAUUGACAGGCCUAUCACGGAGAAAGGCACGGAUAUUGUCUCUAGUGGCUGGGGCUGCCAGAGCCUCGGCACUACGAUCGAGGACAGCAUUGACUUCAUGGUCUGGAAGCUGAAUCUGACCCUGAUCGUCGGUCACAUCAGACUCUGAGGUGAUGGAGGGCAAGACACCGUCGACAAGUGCAAAGAAGACGUCCCAUUGAAUAGGAGAGAAGAAGUCGUUUGGUGGAGCAUCGGGCAAAGCUGUGGCAAUAGGAGCCUGAGGAAGAGGAGAAAUCGGUUGUGGAACGGUCAUGAUAUGAUGAUGGUCAAAAUGAGGGAAGCAGUUAGACGAGGAGAGAGUUUGAGACGAUUCUGUCUCACAUUCGCUUCACACAAGACCAAGACAUUCAUCAACUUAUGUACGUAUGAGACCAGCAGUUGAAGAGAGAACGUCUGGCCCGUGCCACUAGGGGACUAGUUUAGGUGACCCGGGUCACUGGGCGAGCUGGGGUAGAGCCUAGAGCCUAGAGGUAGCAAGCAACUAACAACCCAUAAACUGGCAUUCCUCUCUAUAGGAAAAUGAGGGGAAGCUCCAAAAGGGGAAAGGUCGUAAGAGAGUAAACUUAUAUCAAACAGAGAGAUCCUCGGUAAUAGUAGCAAGUCUUGUGAUAGAUGUCCUCUCAAGGUUUAGUUUGCGAGAGAAAAAAAGCAUGUUCAACGUCACAAGGAUUAUAAUCAACCGAGCAAGACAAAAUAAUCGUAUUCCAUCUGAUGUCAACGUUUCACAGACACAGGCACACAAUCUGGACAAUCUCCCAAUCUGACGUUCUUUAAAUGCUCUGCAAGCAGCACUUAUCUUAGCUAUAUUAUACUGAACUGUAUAACCACAUACUGCUACUUAUUACUAUUCUUCUGCGUUUUGUGUAGUCGCCCAAUCAUGUCAAAUGUCUUAGAUACCGGUCCGUAGCCGGCCCCGCAUACAGCAUGUGCGCCCUCUCGACAACCAUGAUAUACUGGAACUCAAUACUUCUGGGUUGAACUUUUCUUUCAGUAUUGAUGACAACAUCAGAGAGUCACAAUGGAUAAGGCAAGAAUCCUACUCGUCGGUUGCGGGGGAAUUGGCUGUAUAGCAGCCCUCAACCUCGAGUUCGGAGGCCGGGCUGAGGUUACAGCUGUGCUGCGCUCAAGCUAUCAAAUAGUCAAAGAGCGAGGAUUCACCAUCAAUUCUGUAGAUCAUGGUCAAAUUCGUGGCUUUAGGCCAACUGAGAUCCUACCAUCUAUUCCUGAUGUCUCCAAGUCCGGCAUCUCACCCUUCGACUACGUUGUCUGUGCCACCAAGAAUAUACCAGUUAUCUCUACUCCGGUGGCUGAUAUUAUACGCCCUGCCGUUACUCCCGGAUACACCACCAUCUUGCUCCUUCAGAAUGGACUUAACAUUCAAGUUCCUGUCCAAGAGGCAUUUCCGGAUAAUAUCAUUCUCUCUGGUAUCAGUAUGUGUGGCUCCUCAGAGCCCAAAUCUGGCACCAUCGAACACAAUCUGCACGAUGAGCUGCGUAUUGGCCCCUUUGAAGACUUUGGCAACGCUGCUGAGCGAGCAAAGGAUCUUGUAGCACGCUUCAAUGCUGGAGGACGCUGCACUUGCCACUACGAUGAUAACGUCACCUUCUCUCGAUGGAAGAAGCUCCUCUAUAAUGCUGUUUACAAUCCAGUUGGUGCUCUGACAAGACUAGACACUGGUGAUAUGCAGCUUUGUCCUGGCCUCGUCGACGAGGUUAUACGGCCUGGCAUGAAAGAAAUACAAGCCGCAGCUGCAGCUUAUGGACAGGAGCUUACAGAUGAGAUGAUAGAAGCAACGAUUGUGACCGAACCUAUUGAUGCUCAUGUAUCACCGAGUAUGUUGAUAGAUGUUAGAAAGGAACAAUACAUUGAGGUUGAAAACCUCCUCGGUGAACCACUUAGAGCUGCCCAGGCACGUCAAGUACCAACUCCGAUUCUUCAGAACCACUACUCUCUAGCAAGUAGCUAUCAGUGGAAACUCCACAGCAAGAAGGAUAUUUCGGAGAUGAAAUGACGUAGAAUAUUCAUCAGUAGUUCGAAAUGAGAAGUUUUCUUUGAGCUGGUCAGAAGGAUAGCUCUGGUGUGAGUCCGACUCGUAUCAGCUUUUUAAGAACCUGGCACUUCCUAAGACACCGAAUCAAACUAUUCUAGUAACUAGUAUCCUCUACAAAGACUGUCGUACCUCAGUCACUAGCCGUCACAUCGUUCGCACCUCGUAUCAGGAUCAAAUAUCCCGCGAAUAAAAUCUUGCAAGAAAUCCAUGAGAAUCAUAGCCAGGACUCAAUCGGACCCGGAUUGUAGCAUUAUAAAGUUAUACUAUCAUAUAUCCUCCCUCGAGAAACGCG